AUGGUUGUUUGCUUUCUAAUUUUAGUUUUUAUUAUCUCAUUGGUUUCAUUUACAUAUGCUUCUGAUCCCACUUCCCUGCAGAAUUUUUGUGUUGCUGUUAAGGAUUCUGAAGCAAAAGGAUCAAAUGUCACUCCUGUGAAUGUCAACCAACUACCGGGACUCAUCACUCUUGGUAUCUCUUUAGUCCGUAUCGACUAUGCACCUUAUGGCCUGAACCCACCCCACAUCCACCCUCAGGCUAAUGAGGUUCUUGUUGUUGUAGAGGGUACUCUCUAUGUUGGAUUUGUUACUUCGAACCCUACAAAUCCAAACGUAAAGAACAAACUCUUUACCAAGACUUUGAAUCCAGGAGACGUCUUUGUGUUUCCAGAAGGUCUCAUUCAUUUCCAAUUUAAUGUGGGGAAGACUAAUGCAGUUGUAUUUGCUGGUCUAAGCAGUCGAAACCCAGGAGUCAUCACAAUUGCAAAUGCAGUUUUUGGAUCCAACCCGCCCAUUAAUAUUGAUGUUCUCACCAAGGCUUUCCCAGUUGUUGUGAAUGUGAUUAAAUAUCUUCAAGGACAAUUCUGGUAG